UUGCGGAAUGGAGAAAGGAGCUGUCGGUGAUAACAAGCUCCCUCCGUGUUUCAUGGUUUUAUUCAGCGGGAGAGAGGAGACGUCGACGGGCGGAGGAGCGGCAGCGGAGGCCGGCGGGAGGCCGCAGCAGCAGACAGCCGACUUCCCCUGAAAUGCGGCACUCGGUAGGAUGAACAGCAACCACGAGGAAGAUGAGUUUGUGGCUGUGCGGGUCCAGGACCCCCGGAUCCAGAACGAGGGCUCGUGGAACUCCUAUGUGGACUACAAGAUAUUCCUGCAUACCAACAGCAAGGCCUUCACGGCCAAGACGUCGUGCGUCCGCCGGCGCUACAGCGAGUUCGUGUGGCUCCGCAAGAAGAUGCAGAAGAACGCCGGCCUGGUCCCAGUUCCAGACCUUCCAGGGAAAUCCUUCUUCUCCUUCAGCAACGAGGACUUCCUGGAGAGGCGGAGGAAGGGACUGCAGCUCUUCCUGGAGAAGGUGGUCCACACCACGGUGUGUCUGUCCGACAGCCAGCUGCACCUCUUCCUGCAGACGCAGCUGCCCAUCGGACACAUCCAGGACUGCGUCCAGGGCCACACGCCGUACUCGGUGACCGACGCCAUCCUCACCUACGCCUCGUCCAACCGGGGCCUGGCUCAGGCUCAGGAGGACGACCCGGUCAAGGACUCCAGCCUGACGGUGUCCUACGAGUCCAUGGAGAGCCCGGCUCUCCAUCCGCCCGGUCCCCAGACCAACGAGGCCUUCAGCCCCGAGCUGCUGUCCUGCGGAGACGCCGACCCUCUGGAGGACCUGCUGGAGCUGGCGGGUCGGGACUCGGCCGGACCGCGGCACGAGGCGGAGCCCUGCGUGAGGAUCUCCCAGAGGAGGAACCAGCUGGAGGCCGUGGUGGAGCGCCGCGGCGCCGCCCAGGCCCGGUUCUACCUGGAUGAGAGCCUGGACCCGGCGGGGCGCGUCCAGACCGGCUCCCACAUCCUGACUCCGGCGGACGUGCACUCGCCCGUGGGCAGAGGCGUCCUGCUGAGCGUGGACAGCGUGUUCGAGCCUCCGGACGCCGCGGCGCCGGACGGCCGGGAGGAAGGGAGGCCCGAGAGGUUCGACGGCUCGAUAGAGAUUUUAGCCUUUAGAGACGAUACGGGAGAGGAGCCGCCGGCCGAGAACGGCGUGGGAGCUCCGGAGGACGACACGGCGGGAGACGGCGCGGCAGGAGACGGCACGGCGGCAGCUCAGACCAAAGAGGACACGCUCCAGGAGGAGGGACUCUGUGACCAAGAGACGCCGGACGACUUGAUGGGGACGGACGAGGACAGCCAAUCACUGGCCUCCUCCGACGGGAGCAUCGUGCAGGUCAGCGACGAGGAGGAGGAGGAUGAAGACCGCCUCUCCAUUCAUGCUGCCAACGGCUUGGUGCAGCUGUCCCCCGACGGCCUCCGUCGCUGGGCGGAGGCGGAGGCGGCGUCCGGCGGGGACGUCCUGGACCUGCAGGUGAACGGGUGCGCCGCGGGAAAGCAGGACCGUCGGGGUGAAUCUCCAGACGUGAAGUGGGCGGCGGGCGACGGAGACCUGACGGAGAACAGCGACAUCAGCAUCCUGGAGAGCAGCGGCGCGCCGGGACCAGCCGGCGUCGGGCGGCCGGAGCAGGACGCCGCUGCCGCCGCCGCAGACGCUCCGGAGGUGGAGGUGCGGUAGGUCAACACGGGGGUCAAGCUCCAACUGGUCAACGGGCCAGGAGAGACGCGGGACUCGAUAUUUAUUGAAUCAUAAGUUUCUCCACCCGACCAGCUUCAGUUGGCUCCAUGUUCUACCUGUGAGCCGAACGUGGAACGAGGCGAGUUCUCACUCAGGGACGCUGAUCACUGCACAGCUCCUGGAGUCCCCGAGGCCUUCUGCAGCCUGACCAGCAGAGGGCGCUCACAUCCAGUCACUUUACCAGAUAAAAUAAUAAUAACAAUGUGUGUUAUCAUGCAGAAUAAUUUAAAAAUUUCAAAGACUAAUUAUCACAACAGAAGACGGGAAUCUAAACCUCUCUUAACAUCGGCUCCGUUCACUUUUACUGCAGCCCUGAAGGAAGGAGUCGGUAAAGAGAUUUCAACACGAAAAAGCAGGUUUAGUUUGAAGAGGAGCGCAUUUUGAUUUGAGGAAAGAUGAAGCUGAACCAUUCAGAUAAUGAUGAUAAUCUUCACUGUAGUUACUGUAAAACCUCAGUUUUAGCUCAAGCGUUACUUCCUCCCACGGCGUCGAUCCGUCUCAGAACUCUGAACUGUUUUAAUCCUCCGAGUCAAAGAGAAGCUGGUUUUAACUGAACUCUGACCUGUGAAAAGAAAACCGUUACCGUUUCAUGACGCGGCGAGUUUUUUUUAUUUCGGUGCUUCGACUGGAGUGGAGUUAAACCGCAGCACACACACUUCUCAACUGCAGGACAAUGAAACACGUGAAACGCCUCGAUACUCUACAUUUAUCACACAGACUGAACAAUUCAAAGCAUUUUUCUUUGUUUCUUGAAGAAUUUCAGAGCAAAGGAGAAAAUUAAAUAAAUUAAAAAAACUCAUUUCUGCCUUUUGAGAUUUUAACCUCCGAGUCUUAAAAGUUGGACUUAUUGGAAAGUCAUUAGAUUUUCCAGUUAUUUCUACACUCAUAACUCAAAAUGAACUUUUUUGCAUCUAAAUUUCACAGGUGUAAUUUUCAUUACUGAUAAAGAACAAAAACGGCCUCAAUAUUUCAGUUUGUGUGAUAAAGGCUUGAAGGCGUGAGUGUUUCCGUUGUGUUGGGAUGUGUGUGUGUGGCGGCGGUUAGACUUUCUCGCCGUUUCCAGACUCUCCCACGAUGGUUUAAAGGGACCUGCAGUUUACUGAGCUUUCAGCGUCGUGUUCAAGCUUUAAAGCUUCCAGGUGAGGCGCUGAGGAGAAAUGGAGUUUUCACACCUACCAGCUUUCUUUGUUUUGUUUGUUUUUAAAUUAAAGGUAUUUCCUGUUUCUUUUUUAACACCUUCCUGUUUUUAUUAAAUUAACUCUCUGAAUGCAAAGCUCCAUUUCUGCUGAGACCUCGUGUUUCUCGUCACCAUACAUGUUUAUAUGCACACUAUCUUAUUUUAUUUUGAAUAAAGAUUUGUUUUA